AGAGACGUAAUCUUUAGGAGACCAUUUGUUUAUAUCAUGGCGUCGGUGGAUUUCAGAGAUAACCUUCUCGGGAUAUCCUGGGUGGACAGCAAUUGGGUACCAGGUCUUAAUCCUGGAAAUGUGCUGGAGUACUUUUCUGACAGAAGCAACCCUUUCUAUGACCGUACUUGCAAUAAUGAGGUAGUGAAGAUGCAGCGGCUUACCGUGGAUCAUCUGAAUCAGAUGGUGGGAGUUGAAUACAUCCUUCUUCAUGCUCAGGAGCCAAUUCUUUAUAUAAUCCGUAAACAACAGAGGCAGUCACCGACUCAAGUGGUUCCCUUGGCUGAUUACUACAUCAUAGCUGGAGUCGUGUAUCAGGCUCCAGACCUGGGAACAGUUAUCAGCUCUAGAGUGCUUUCCGCUGUACAUGGAAUCCAGUCUGCUUUUGAUGAGGCCAUGUCCUAUUGUCGCUAUCACCCAUCCAAGGGAUACUGGUGGCACUUCAAGGACCAUGAGGAGAGAGAAAAAGCCAAACCAAAGACUAAGAAGAAAGAGGAGCCUAGCUCUCUGUUUCAGAGGCAUCGCGUUGACACACUCCUUUUGGACCUGAGGUCAAAAUUUCCACCAACUUUCUAUCAGCCUAAGCCUGGUGAGAAGCCCAUUCCAGUUGAGGUGAAAAAGGAACCUGAACCUCCCACAGAAACAGUGAAGCAAGAGGAGAGGGAGCAGGCAACCAAGUCCUCUGCCCCAGCUCCACCUAACAAACCACCUCCUGAGAAAAGGGCAAGACUGCAGUGACAGCCAUAUUUGUCAGACACUGGGAAGGUUGCGCACAGCUCUGCAAAGUCCUACAUCACUCACUGGGAAAAUGACUUGAGACAUUUGUGUUACCUCCCCAACUCUCUGCUUAUUUGAUCAAUUUUUAGAAUACUGAAAAUAAAAGGAGUCAGUUGUU